CCACAGAAAGUAGUGCGUGGCAUCUCGGACAUUAAAAGGUUGACAAACAGAUUUGUGUGGCAGCGAACCCGGAGAAGGGUUGAGAUGUUAAUGUUAAGAUAUUUUCUCUCUUCCUUAAUUGUUGAUAGCCAAAAGACAGAGAAAAUUAAUCCUGCAAGAAAAGUUUGGCAAGCCUCGCUACAGGGCUACUAGCUGCAAUCAGCAUAUAUCAAUACGCCAUUUCUGAACGUGAAAUCUGCCAUACUGUGAAACUGAAGUGUCAAAACCUGAGGGUUAUGUUUGUUUUGCAUGUUAUGUUUGGUUGUGUUGUGAAUGAAUGAAUGUUAGAAUUUUUCAGUUUUAGUUGUAGUAUUCGACCAAAAAGCACAGACGAGCAGAAUUUAUUCGAUAUUAUUCGUUUGUCAGUCUUGAAAAGGAGUCAAACUGAUCGUAAAAUAAUCCAAGUUUUGAGGAACAUAAUUUUUCCAAUAGAUGUAGUAGUAUGAGUGUUCUGCUUGUGCUAGCAAGUGAAAGGUGUAGUCAGUUUUGUUGAGUUCUGUAGGUUGUUGUUUACAACCUCCCAUCAUGCAGAAAUACGAAAAAUUAGAAAAGAUUGGUGAAGGCACCUAUGGUACCGUCUUUAAAGCAAAGAAUAGAGAGACACAUGAGAUUGUUGCUCUCAAACGAGUCAGGCUUGAUGAUGACGAUGAGGGUGUGCCAUCAUCUGCUCUAAGAGAGAUUUGUUUAUUGAAAGAACUGAAACACAAGAACAUUGUUCGAUUGUAUGAUGUGCUUCACAGUGAUAAGAAACUCACACUUGUCUUUGAACAUUGCGACCAGGAUCUCAAAAAGUAUUUUGACAGUUUGAAUGGAGAAAUAGACUUAGACAUUGUCAAAUCUUUCAUGUACCAGCUUCUUCGAGGUCUUGCAUUUUGUCAUAGUAAUAAUGUUUUGCAUCGUGACUUGAAACCUCAAAAUCUUCUCAUUAACAAGAAUGGUGAGCUAAAGCUUGCUGACUUUGGCUUAGCUCGAGCAUUUGGAAUACCAGUGAAAUGCUACUCAGCAGAAGUGGUAACCCUGUGGUAUAGACCUCCUGAUGUGUUAUUUGGGGCCAAACUUUACACUACUUCUAUAGAUAUGUGGUCAGCAGGAUGCAUUUUUGCAGAAUUAGCUAAUGCAGGCCGCCCUUUAUUUCCUGGGUCAGAUGUUGAUGACCAACUGAAAAGGAUCUUUAGACUUUUAGGAACCCCUACAGAGGAAACAUGGCCUGGUAUUUCCUUACUUCCAGAUUACAAACCGUUUCCUAUCUACCAUCCAUCCAUGAGCUUUAGCCAAGUUGUUCCCAAACUAAAUUCAAAAGGAAGAGAUUUACUCCAGCGUUUACUUGUGUGCAACCCACUUAUGCGGUUACCAGCUGAUGAAUCAAUGGCUCAUCCAUAUUUUAGUGAUCUGAGCGCCUCUGUUCGAGCUGAGCGUUAGGAAAGAAAUAUUUUAAUCUAAUCUAAUAGAGUUGGAGGCAGAAAAACCUAUACACCUAAAAAAUCAUUUUACUAGAAAUUCUUCAAAAGUAUAUUAGUAUUCCAUGGCUUUCUCAAGGUAAGGAACAAUUAAUUUCUGAGUCUUACUGGAGGCACCCUUUGGACACCCAUGUAUUUGACACUUAAAGAUAGGCUUCAUUCACAAUACCAAUGUUCAUGAAGUUUUAUUAGAAGUCUCAUUUAAAGAACUUCUAUAAUUUUAGAGCUCUUUGUUGACAUAGAAAGUGAAGCAGCCCUGAAAAGGCCAUUACUAAGAAUUUUCUUUUAUCCCAGUAAAGCUGGUAUAUUGUUACCAACCAACUUUCUUUUUGACCCUAUGGUUGAGUUUCAUUGAAUCAUGUGGAAGAGUUGUCAUAAACCAGCAAAUAUGUGUCUCAAUUGAGACACCAAGACAUUUCUCAUUUUUAUAUAAUUACGUACUAUUAUUAUUAUUAAUUCUUAAGUAUGGCUAGUCUUGAUGUGGUGUGUUCUAUUUUGGAACAAUAAAUAAAUUGGUGAGUAAAUACAA